AGCAAGAAAUUGUGCUUUCACGUUUAGACGUUUUUAAUACCAACUUUUAAGACAAACAUGUCAACAAGAGCAGAGAAGGAACGGUUUAAGGCCGCACAGGAGAAAGCCCAGGCUAUUCUUUCAGCUUUACUCAAAGACGAAGACAACAAAUAUUGUGUGGAUUGCGACGCAAAGGGACCCCGCUGGGCAUCAUGGAACCUGGGUAUCUUCCUGUGCAUAAGAUGUGCUGGUAUCCACAGAAAUCUUGGCGUUCAUAUCAGUAAAGUGAAGUCUGUUAACCUUGAUACCUGGACACCAGAACAGAUCAGUAUGAUGAUGGAGAUUGGAAAUAGUCGCGCCAGAGCAGUGUAUGAAGCAAACAUUCCAGACAAUUUCAGAAGACCUCAGACAGAUUCACCUCUCGAAUCUUUUAUUAGAGCAAAGUAUGAGCAGAAGAAGUAUAUAGCCAGAGAAUGGAUACCUCCUACCCCAAAAGUUCCCAGAGAGUUUCUAGAGGAUGAUUCCAAGGAAAAGAAACGAACCAGGCCUAAAGCUGGUAUGAUUCAGCUCAAUUCGACUCCCAAACCUAAACCAUCCUCCAGUGCUACAAAUGGUGAAUUGAAACGCUCUCCAGAUGCCCCAAAGCCCCCUAAACAGGAGCUGGCGGCACCCACCCAAACCAAAGAGAGUGGUGCCGCAAUGGAUCUCUUGGGACUAGAUACACCUACCCCAAACUCCUCUAAUGCUGACCUGUUGGGUGAUCUCCUUGGUGGGGCUCCACCUGCGCAGCCCACAGCAGCUACUACCACAACCCCUACCCAGCAGCAAUCCGGAACUCCACAGGGCCAAACCACACCUGACCAGUCUACCAAUGGUACCACUGGAGAAGAAUCGCUGAUGAACGAGAACCAGAGCAAAUCCACAAAAGAGUCCAUCUUAGCUCUGUACGGUUCAGGCAGUAAUCAGCAACAAUUUGGUGUACCAGGUGGAGUUUACAUGCCACAACAAGGAGGUCAGCAGCAAAUGGGCAUGUAUGGUGGUAUGCCAAUGAUGGGCAUGGGACAGCAAGCAGGCAUGAUGGGACAUCAGCAGGGAUUGAUGGGACAACAGCCGGGGAUGAUGGGACAGCAACCUGGUAUGAUGGGACAGCAAGCUGGGAUGAUGGGGCAUCAGCAAGGCAUGAUGGGACAGCAAACGGGGAUGAUGGGACAGCCAGGCAUGAUGGGAGCACAGCUUUCCCCUGAUCAGCUCUAUAUGUAUCAGCCAAUGGCAGGCCAAUACUAUGACUAUUUCCCCUAUGAACAGCCAGCCAACAUGUAUGGAAUGGGAGGUGGCCAGAUGAUGAUGCAUCAGACAAACCCAGGGGCCAUGGGAAUGGUGGGUGGUAAUAUGGGGCCUGUAAACAACAUGGCCAUGUAUGGGCAACCUCAGAUGCAGCAGUACCAACAGAUGCAGCAGCAGAUGUCCUCGAUGAAGCUAGGGACCCCGUCACCAGGGAUGGGCAUGACCGCUCAGAACAGCUCAGGCUCAGGGAUGACCAACUGGGGUGGAGGCUCAUCCACUCUCUCCAACAAUUUAUGGCAAUGACCAAUCUAGCUCUUAGACUCACAUUCACAACCAGUAAAUCAUUCUUAGGACUGUAACUUAUUUGUUCGUGGGGACAUGUCAUAUGGAGAGAAUGGCACCAGUGAAGGAAAGACCAUUUAUGUUAUAAUUUGUACAUUCAGUAUUCUGGUAAAUAGCUGAAGUGAUUUUGCUUGCUUUAUUUAUGGGAACUGAAUAUGUCUUUCCAUUCUAACAGAUGUAUCCAUAUAAUCUCACUGCUGCCAUUCACUGUUGCAAACCAAAGCACAGGAGCCCAACAACCUCGGUCCUUUUCUUAUUUGAUCAUUGUUAACCAGGUCUUUCUACCAAGGCCGAUGUGACAGGGUUGUUGCCAAAUUUUCCUAGUGAGAUAAAAAUGAUGUAAUGAUUUACAGCCUUGUUGCAUUAUUUGAAAUAUCUCACUUCAGUCUUUUUGAGGUCUCCAGGGCUAUCUCCCUUAGGUGAAAACCCUGAGAAUAAUUUUGGGGUGUCUUGUAUGUCAUUGUGUUGACCUCGUGACUAGAAACCGAUUUUUAUGUUGAUGAAUAAGCAACACCUAAUGUUCUACUUAUGUCAGUAAAAUGGAGGGAGGCUGUAGACAAGAUAGAUAGUAGAGAAUACAUAGUUAUAGUGACUAACAUAUGUACAUGAGGUGGUGAGACAAGAAACUGAUGUAUAGUUUGAUGUAUGGAAUUUGCCAGUACAUGUGUGCACUUUUUUGUUUACAAGUGGGGGUGAAUGUGAAGUGUGGUAUAGAGAAUGAUAGGCUUGUGCCAGUGGGCGUCAUUGUCUAGUGUUGAUCUCCAUUAUGAUGAUGUCAGUGGAUGCGAGAAUGGUUUGGCAGGCCAUGUACCUUCAUCAUUUCAUAGUUUUAACAUCCAUCGAUGCCCUGUCGGCAUUUGUCCCCAGUGAUUAUGAGAUGUGCCAGUGUUCAUAUCAUGGUUUUAAUUUGCAACAAUGCGUGAUUUAAGCUUGAGUGAAGAGCAAAUCAGCCAAAUGGCCACACUCCUUGCAGCAGGUGUGCAGCUCUAUUGCGCUUUUCAUCACCGCCACAGCCAGAAAAGUUUGAAAGGUUGCCGUUGAUCUGUAACUAGUAUGACUGGCCCCAAAAGCACAGUUGGUAGAGCGCCCACUUCGCGGUAGUGAGCGGUAGAUCCAGGGUUAAGACCUAAGAUUUUAGAAGGGGAAUUUGUAGCUUCCUUGCUUGGCAUUCAGCAUUAAGGGGAUAGUGCAACGACUGGUUGGCCUGUAUCAGUAUAAUGGCUCGGGCGGGGCGACUAACUUGCCUUCGGUAAGGCGUCUCAGUGAAGCAGCACUAGAUAAAAGAGCGGAGGAAAUCCAUCCUGUAACAAGGAUUCACAUUACACGUACAUGCACCCUAAGGACUCCUUCAUCGUCAUAUGACUGAAAAAUUGUUAAGUACUAUCUUAAACCCCAAGCACUCACUCACUCUGUAACCAAUAUUCAUCGAUAAAAUUGUUGUAGGUAUCCAUUGGAAUCCUGUUGUGCAUACUCUAGAUAAAGAGAAUGUAUGUGUUUCAAGUAUAGAGACAGGCUGAAAAUAAGUACUUGUAUUUUUUGACAUCACUUCCGGCCUUAUCAACGUGUCGCAGUGACAUUGUUCAAGAUUUGUGUACUGAGUUUGCUAGUGGUGGCAGUGAUGUAAAGUGAAUGUAGAGAAUGGCGCAUGCGCUGUAAGGAGACCGCCAAAUAGCUGGGAUUAUUGUAUGCUUCUUAUGUGUAUAAAUAUUCUUAGUCAUACACAGGUACCUUAUGAAAAGUAGUGUGGUAUGUUGAGUUUGUAUAAGUUUUGUUGUUUACUUGUACAUAUCCAUGGAAUGCAAGUGUCCCAAGAAGCCAUCACUUUCAGGGAAGCAGUUAGUCAUGGGGUGUGUCAGUUUGAGUGUUAGUACCAAUGUUAUCUUUAAAUUUAAAUACCAGUAUGUAUUUAUUCUCACCCAUUUACUUGUAUGUUUUCAGCGUGUUUGCAGGUGCACACGGUGACAGUCAGCAAUAUGUGCAUGUGUUAAAAUAUCCAAAUGUUUACAAAAAGAAUAUCAGGUAAUAAAUAGUCAUGAAAUUCUGGGCAUGAUUUGCAAUGUUCUGCGAAUUGUUUGCACUAGAUGACCUCUACGACUUCUGGCCUUCUCUUUGCUGGACAAAGGGAGAUAACUUCGAUUUUUCUUGUACAGAGGUCAUCUCCUUUCUGUGUGUAAAUAUGCUUGAUUUUCCUUCAUUACCCAUUUACUGAAUUGUAAUUCCAUAUUAAGCAUGUGACCUUUGCCAUUGCAUUACCACCUCAGAGUGACGUCCCUUUCGCACAAGAAUGGGGCGAUGUAUUACACAAUUUUCCACAUUGGAAAAAUUAUGAAAUUGUGAAUUCCAGUGGGUUAUGAAGUCCAUUUAUAAUGUGACGUCAUUUUGUUGUUGCAAUGUAAUAUGGAAAGCGUGCAUUGUAGAUACUGUUGAUGUCCAUUUCAGAUAACGCACUAACACAUGUACAGGUUUCUCAUCGUAUUCACAAUAUGCUAUUGCAAAGUAACAAUAUAACACACAUAUGUACUUAUGGUGGUGUCCUUAGCUACACAUCUUGCUUGCAGUCUGGUAUUGUUUGUUGAAUCCUUAUGUAUGCAUAUCUGUGCCAUUACAGAUUUAAGUUUGAUGAUCGAUUUAGUAAAACAUUUUCAGUGUAGUAUUUUUAUUUUGUGGCCUAUUAUAAUAAUGAAAGGUUUAAUAAAUCCUUUGCACGCCGUAAAUCAUACUGUCAUUUCAUAGACUGCAAAAGUCAUUAAAGGAAAUGUCAGCAUUGAUUUUAAUGACAAACCGGACUCAUUAUAACAGUAUCCUGUUAAUGUAGAUUUAGACAUGUGAAGACUUGUGUAGAGUACGUUAUUUUGACUCAUCCAGAUGUCCUGUAAAUAUUUAUGAAUUCGGGUUAUCAGCUUUUGUCACUAUAAAAUAAUAAUGGUUCUUCAUGAUGACUGUUUAGUUGGACUAAUGAAAACUUGCUUCUGCAGUGGCAGAUUGAACUCAGUCUGUAAAGUCAGAUUUGUACAAAGAAUUGUUUCUAAUGAUUUUGUCUCAGUAUGUAAAUGUUCAUGUAAAAUGUAUUAUAGAAUAAAUUGGAUUUAAAUUA